AGCCUGUAUUUUGCAAACGGAGGUAUGAGAGAAUGAUGAUAAUUGAUAAAUAACUGAACAUCUAAAGAACUGCUGCACGACCCCGUACACUUCUCUCGUGUUCUUAGAUUCUUUUAUUAAACACUUUCAGAUCUGAAAACAAAUGGUUUUCAUUUCAUUUUGAGCUUUACUAUAAUUGGAUCUAUUCAAACUCCUACUUCCCAGAUUCAGUAUUUGUUAAUUUCAAUUCUAAUGAUAAAUGUAUCCACACAGUAAUGGCGGCAGCUGAAGCAAGGGCUGUGUGGCAGAGGACUGCCAAUCGUUGCUUUGUCCAAGAAGAUGCCAAGAGAGCUCCCAAGUUAGCUUGCUGCCAAUCAUCGUCGUCGUCAUCAAAACAGAUUGAUGCAGGAGCUCCAGGUGCAGCAGAUGCACCUGAUAAUCCUGCUAUAGGUUUCAUGCCGCUGAACAGGAAUCAGUCAUAUUCCAAUCUACCUGCUGAUACAAGAUGGUGGCUUCAGCUGCAACCUAACUGUGGUUACCAAAAGGGUUUAACAUGUGAGCAAUUGAAUGCACUCGAGGUUGAGAUGGAAGCCCUGCGAGCUGGUUUUGUAAAAUCAUCCUCCAAGGUUGGUGGGGAACACCCAUCGAAUGAAACAGGUGUUACUCAUGUCAAUGUCAAUAAGAACAGUGAGGUUCCUCUUGAUGUACAUCAUAGGGUCCCUGCUAUUUAUAUGGUGAAAGAUCAUGAAGUCAGGAAACAAGAUGUAGAGGCUCUAGAUUGUAAGAACACCCAAGAAUUUAUUGAAUUGAUGGACACAAGGGAAAACUAUGAAUUUGUCGAAAUAGAUUCUGCAGGAUGUCCAACUUCAAAAAAGCUAAAUGAGAGUGACUUUGAUCCAGAAUCUCCCUGGAUUGGGGAUGGGAAGGGUGAACCAUGGUGGCGCACAACAGAUAAAGAUGAUUUGGCCUCCUUGGUUGCACAGAAGUCACUCGGCUACAUGGAGAAUUGUGACCUUCCUCCGCCCCAGAAGAUGCACGUUAGGAGAAACAUGUAUUCUUGUUCUGCAGAUAUUAAUAAGGCUGAAGCAUCAACUUUGAAUUGGAAAUCUGAAGUUGACCUUAUCUCGAAUCUAAUUGUUUAUAAAGAGGGCUCUUCUGAUCCUGGAGGAGCCUCAGUUGAAAAACUGCAAAUACCAGAUAUUUCUGAUCAGGCAUUAAGGUCUAGCACAACCCACGAGGACAUCUCAGAAAUACGAAAAGUUUCAGAGAGUGAUCCUUGCAAAUUUAAGCUUAUGGAAGCACUGUGCCAUUCUCAAACACGUGCUAGGAAAGCUGAGACAGCAGCAAAGCAAGCCUAUGCUGAGAAGGAGCACAUUCUCAAACUUUUUUUCAGACAAGCCUCGCAACUCUUUGCAUAUAAGCAGUGGUUCCAACUGCUACAGCUGGAAGCCCUUUACUUCCAGAUCAAGAACAGCGACCAGCCAAUCUCUACUCUUUUUCCUGUGGCACUUCCAUGGACGCCUAACAAAGUUAGGAAACUGAGAAAGAGUUGGCAGAAGGCUGCCAAAGGCAAACGAGGCAAGCAAAGCCGCCCAAAAAAUGACACAUCAAAGUAUGCAGUUGCUCUGGCUUUAGGGUUGGGUCUUGUUGGUGCUGGAUUGCUUUUGGGAUGGACUGUGGGAUGGAUGUUAUUCUAGACUCUAUAGGUCAUCAAGUAAAACCCUAUUUCUUGUGAAGAUUCAUUUACAAAGAGAGGCAACAAAAUCAAAAUGUAUCUUCUUAUGUGUUUACAUUGUCAGAUUUCUUAGUCUUGUAUGUACUUGUCUUUUUCUACUGAACGUCUACUCUUAUGUAAAAAUGAUGUGAUGAGCUGUUCAUAUGUAUAUAUUGGUUGAACAUGUGGUCAUGCUCCUAUUUCAUUAAAUUUCUCCUUGGUGAUAUUUGUAUAUUAUGUAUUUUAUUUUGUAAUUCUCUCUAUGCGAUGCACUUUUUGUUCUA